UGAGAACUGUCAAAAAACUUUGGAGAACGAUUUAGCGUGUUUCGUUUUUGUUUACCGUCAUUUAAGUUUGUGUUCAGCAAAAAUGUCCAGCUUCGUGAAACGCCGCGGAGCGGUAUCCAUCAAAGGAACGCGUGCCUCGCUGCACAGUGGACAAGCGAUUCUAUCCUCUGGCAAUCCAUCGUUGGAUCACGUUUUUGGAGGAGGCUUUCCAAUUGGGUCGGUGAUUGCCAUUGAGGAAGACAAAUACGCAAACUACUCCCGAGUACUGACCAAGUAUUUCCUGGCCGAGGGGAUAGUCAACAAUCAUUCCUUACUUGUUGCUUCUUUGGAGGAGGAUCCUGUGCAACUGAUGAAGAAACUACCCACCCCCGUUGAAGACAUCGAACCAGAGAGAACCGCACAAAAUCAAGCCCCCGAAGAGAUGCGUAUCGCAUUCCGCUACAACAAACUAUCCGUAGUGGAUCUCGAGCAAAAGUCCAGUACUCAACUGGGCCACUUUUUCGAUUUGUCAAAACAAAUUGAAGAAUCUGAACUAUCCAAGCACGACAUCACCUAUUGGGACGGAGCGCAGUGUUCGCCUGAUUCUUCCAAAACUGCAAUCAGUGCCACUUUUCAAUCCCUGCUAGACGCUAUCCACCUGAAAUCCAAACAACCCCAGUUUGAUCAGUCCAACACCGAAGUAAAAGAGAAAAACCUGCUACGAAUCUGUCUGAAUUCCAUUGGUUCUCCUCUGUGGUACGACCGAAGCUUCCCAUCACAUCUCGUAAAAUUCCUCACGAUCCUCAAAUCCUUCGUCCGCAACACGCUGUCCUGCUGUCUGAUCACCCUCCCGACGCACCUGUUCCACCAUCUGGACAGCGACUAUCACCACCUGCACGAGCGUCUACUAGGUCAGGUUGACUAUUGCAUCGCGCUGGAAUCGUUUGCCGGAUCGGACAAGGAAACGAAUCCGGUGUUCAAGGAGUACCACGGGCUGUUGGACAUUGUUAAACUUUCGGCGCUGAAUACACUGGCAGCGUUCGUGCCGGAGACGCGGGAUCUGGCCUUUAAGCUGCGCCGGAGGAAGUUUGUGAUCGAGAAACUGCACCUGCCACCGGAGCUGGGUGAGGAAAAGGAUGAGCGCGGACAGAAGAAGAUAGCGACUGGGAUGAGUUGUGCUGGGGGUGGCGGUGGGAGUAAGUUGGAUUUCUGAGGCAGCUUGUUGAUAAUAAAUGGAUUAUUUUAUAA